GAGGAAGGAGGGUGAGGCCAAGCCACACUGUGUUGGUACAAGAAGGAUUAGCAAGCAGACUGAACCAGGAGAGAAAUUAGCCGUGCUUAUUUCAGGUUAGACAGUCAUAGGACGUGCAGAGAUAGAACAAGAUCUCAGCAGUGGAGAGGUACCAGGAAGACAAAACAGAGGGAGCUGGGCGUCCCAUCACAGGAGAGGAAAUCAGCGCGUGCGGACAGCCAGCUCUGGGAACAAGCCAGCUCUGCUUGACCCGCUGUCAUGCGGAUCGCCACGCUGCUCUACCUUUCCCUGCUGAUGCUUCUCACCAUGUCAGGCCAAGCUGGAGCCCAGUUCCCUCGACAGUGCGCAACUGUUGAGGCCCUGAGGAGCGGCAUGUGCUGCCCAGACUAUUUCCCUGUGUUCGGGCCAGGCACCGACCGCUGUGGUGUGUCCACGGGCAGGGGCCGGUGCGUACAGGUGACUGUCGACUGGCGGCCCCACGGCCCCCAGUACAUCCACGACGGGCGGGAUGACCGCGAGCAAUGGCCCAUCCGCUUCUUCAACCAAACCUGCCGCUGCAACGGGAACUUCUCCGGCUACAACUGCGGGUCAUGUCGGCCUGGCUGGACUGGACCUACCUGCAGCCAGCAGAUCAAUAUUGUCAGAAGGAACCUUUUGGAUCUAAGUGCGGAAGAAAGGAAUCGCUUCGUGAAUGCCUUACACCAAGCCAAGGUGACAGUCCAUCCUGACAUCGUUAUUGCCACACGAAGACGUGAAGAAAUUUUUGGACCAGAUGGCAACACACCUCAGUUUGAGAAUAUCUCCAUUUAUAACUACUUUGUGUGGUCUCACUAUUAUUCUGUCAGGAAGACUUUCCUUGGUGCGGGGCAGCAGAGUUUUGGAGGAGUUGACUUCUCUCAUGAGGGACCAGCUUUUGUCACGUGGCAUAGGUACCAUCUAUUGCAGCUUGAAAGAGACAUGCAGAACAUGCUACAGGACCCCACUUUUGGACUGCCCUACUGGAAUUUUGCAACAGGACAAAAUACCUGUGAUAUCUGCUCAGAUGACUUGAUGGGAGCUAGAAGCAAUUUCGAUGUCUCUCUUAUAAGCCAGAAUUCAAUCUUCUCUCAGUGGCGAGUGCUAUGUGAAAAUGUAGAAGAUUAUGAAACCUUGGGAACCAUCUGUAACAGUACUGAGGGUGGUCCCAUACGAAGAAAUCCUGCAGGAAAUGUAGCACGACCUAUGGUACAGCGUCUCCCAGAGCCUGAGGAUGUUGCUCAGUGUUUGGAAGUUGGUGUAUUUGACACUCCUCCUUUCUAUUCAAAUUCAACAGACAGUUUCCGUAACACAGUAGAAGGGUACAGUGAUCCUUCAGGAAAAUACGAUCCAGCAGUUCGAAGUCUUCAUAACUUGGCUCAUCUAUUUUUGAAUGGAACAGGAGGGCAAACUCAUUUAUCACCAAAUGACCCCAUUUUUGUCCUCCUGCACACAUUUACAGAUGCUCUUUUUGACGAGUGGCUGAGGCGGCAUUCUGCAGAUAUCUCAACAUACCCACUGGAGAAUGCCCCUAUUGGACAUAACCGACAGUACAACAUGGUGCCUUUCUGGCCUCCUGUGACCAAUAAUGAAAUGUUUGUUACUGCACCAGAAAACCUGGGAUACAGCUAUGAAGUCGAGUGGCCAGGUCGGGCUCUCCGUGUCACAGAGAUGAUAACUAUUGCAAUAGUGACUGCACUGGUUCUUGUUGCAAUUAUCUUUGCUGCUGCUGCAUGCAUUGUACGUGUCAAGAAAAAUAAGGAUGAGUUGCAUCAGCCUCUUCUUACUGACCAGUAUCAGCACUACUCAGAUGAUUAUGAUGGCAUACCAACACCAAGUCAGUCUGUUGUUUGAAGAGAUGGCACUUUUUUUGCAUCUGACUGAAACUGGGGAUCUUUUUGCUUUAUUUCAUAUAUGGUGGUCAUCCACCUGCUUUAAAAUAAAGAGCAUAAACUGUCA